GGGAGACCAGGAGUAAAUCAUCACUGAAAUUUACUUUGGAAACCGUGGCUCCUGGCAGGAACAGAUCAGUGUCGGGACAAAGUACACGGGCCUGGUGUGAAGCUCAGCCACAAACCCGCUUACCCUGUCUGACCUGCCUCCGCCACCAGGACCCAGUCUGAGUGACACGGGAAAGGUUCCCUUGUCCUCCUCGAAGGGCCUGCGAUGGGGAUGUGGCUCACUUCUUCAGUGCCCCGCUGCUCAAGCCUCUAGGGGAGCAUAGAGACGGGCAGGCAGUGUCUGGGGGUGAAUAUUUGCGGCUCCUGAAGCCCCCGUGGGCGUGUGUUAGAGGGUACUCUGAAAGUUCAGCCUUGUAGGUGGCUUGUGUUAGCUGUUAGACUCCCUGCCUUAUCGCAAGGACAGAGGGCUUUCUGUGUCCCCGCGUUUCUUGCCUUAAUGUACCGGAGCAAACAGAUCACAGGGCGGCUUGGAGAGAGAGUGCAAGGUUUUAUAAGUGGAAUUCGCCCUCAGCAGAUGGGGGAGCCAGAAGGGAGCUGGAGUGGGAAGAACCCAGGGACCAUGGGCGCCUCCAGGCUCUAUACCCUGGUGCUGGUCCUGCAGCCUCAGCGAGUUCUCCUGGGCAUGAAAAAGCGAGGCUUCGGGGCCGGCCGGUGGAAUGGUUUUGGGGGCAAAGUGCAAGAAGGAGAGACCAUCGAGGAUGGGGCCAGGAGGGAGCUGCAGGAGGAGAGCGGUCUGACGGUGGAUGCCCUGCACAAGGUGGGCCAGAUCGUGUUUGAGUUCGUGGGCGAGCCUGAGCUCAUGGACGUGCAUAUCUUCUGCACAAACAGCAUCCAGGGGACCCCCACGGAGAGCGACGAAAUGCGCCCAUGCUGGUUCCAGCUGGACCAGAUCCCCUUCAAGGACAUGUGGCCCGAUGACAGCUACUGGUUUCCACUCCUGCUUCAGAAGAAGAAAUUCCACGGGUACUUCAAGUUCCAGGGUCAGGACACCAUCCUGGACUACACGCUCCGUGAGGUGGACACGGUCUAGCAGGAGCCCAGGGCAGCCCCUGGGCAGGAGACGUGGCUGCUGAACAGCCACAAACUGUCCUCACCUGGGAGCACCGAGUGGCUCGGAGCUGGGUUUCGUCUGGAAUUGACUGGAUGGAAAGAAAAAUAAAGGUCUCUAGCAGUUU